GCGCAUAAUAUUUCCAGCUCCCAGGAGCCCCUGCGGUUGCCGGGAGGCACGUGAUCCGAAAGGGGGUGGAAUGCUGCGCGGGGGGUGGAGGCAGCACGUGCAGGCUGAGCUGCGGACGCGGGAGCGGCGCGUGCGCGGCCUGCGUGGGCUGCUGGAGCGACAUGAAAAGCUCCAGGACCGACUUGAUGCUCUGGUGGUGCAAGGGAAGGUGCUGCCUGCAGGGGAGGCCUCCCGGGGCCCCCUGGAACUGGCCUCCUUCCAGAUUCAACAGGAGCUGGAGAUAACCGAACUCCGGCAAGAGAGAGUGGAGUUGCGCCAACAGGUCGACCUCCUUACGGAUGUCCUGAGGGAGACAGAGGCUGAGAACAAGGAUCAACGGGCAAGGAUGAGGCACCUUGCCCAGGACUUGGCUGCUGUUAACCGUCAGUACGAGGAGGUGAAGUGCCAGGCCUGGACCCUUUCCCAGGAGGCUGAGGGGCUGCGCAAGGACCUGGAGUGGGUUCAGGGGCUCUUGCAGGAGUCCCAGCAAGAACGUCUGGACCUGGAGGCCCGCUGGGUGAAGGAGAAGGCGAUGGAGGCCAAGCGAGUGAACUGGGCCAAUGAACAGGAAGAAAAGUCCCGUCGGAGGGUGAGGCGCCUCCAGGAGAAGCUGGCGAGCGCAAGAGAGGCAGCUGCCCUGAUUCUGGGGCCGGCUACAGAAACUUCCUCGAGAGACAGCAGCUUCAGCACAUCUUGUGACAAGGCAGACAGCAAGGCUGCAGCAGUAGAGCAAACGGAGUCUAGCCCUACAGGCGCCUCAUCUCCUCUGAGGAGUGCAGGGUGCGGUUUAACCCCAGACCGCAGGGGCAGAUCUCCUGAGGCGGCUGAACUGUGAAUGGAGCAGCUCUUCCAAAGCCAGCUGAGGGAGGCGGCCAUUGUAGUGGCCAGAGCAACUUUGCACCGGGGUGGGAUGGAGUGGAGUCCAAUGAUGAAUAAGGCCCAGCUACUGCUUGGCUUCCUGACUUGGGCAGGGGAAUCAGGUUGGUGUUGGGCAUUGUGCAGAAGGAGGGGCCACCACCAAGGAGGCUGCUCUCCAUACAAGCUGUGGGGUCAGGAGUAGUGCUGCCUAGUGGCAGAUAUCUUAAGCUCUGUGAAUUCAAAGCACAUCUGUGGGUGCAUUUACACCUUCCCCCCCCUGUUGCUGCAUAGAGGUCUUCCUGCUUUGGGGGGGGGGAGCCUGUGGCCCUCCAGGUUUUGUGGGUCUACAGCUGUCAUCAUCCCUGGAGUUGGGAGUCUAGCAAGGGGAGGGCCACAGGUUUCCUCAGCCAGCUGCAGAGGUGAGGGGGCGUAGCCGCUGAGAGGGUGGUCUCCCCCAUGGUUCACCUGCAACCUUUCCCCAUCAACCAAGACAGUGCAGGAGCCCCUACCCCUUAACCUGUGCACCCCCAGCCCUUGAUACCCUCAAAAAUAGUUCACCUCUUCCAAGGACCAACUUCCCCCCAAAGCAAGGGAAGGGAUGACUCUUUCAGCUACCCCUGCCUCUUAACAGGGUGUAUGUGUAUAUAUAUAUUAUAUAUAUAUCUCCAGUCACUCAAUAAAACCACCAGGCAUCUGUUAA